GUCACGUUGAUUCAAGGAAAAUCUCGGCAGCCAGCUGCAGCAGUGCGGCGGCACCGGCACCGGCCGAUCCCGUCUCGCCAAUUUCGCUUUUCCGAGUCGCCGGCUGGCCCUGAACACGAACGGUCGCACCCCCGACGCGCAGCCCUCGACCCUCGACCAGACGCCCUAGGGACUCGGAGGAAAAGAUGAACUUCGAGAUGACCAGCUCGACGGGCAGCACCAAGGGCUCCAAGAGCGCGCACAGGAACAGCGCCUCGUUCACCUCGUCGCAGACUCGGCCGAGCAGCGAGAGUUCUUCGUCACUGUGGCCCUCCCGGCCGUCCAAGUCUUCGCGGCUCUCGACCAGCACUGUAAUGUCCAAAAGCUUUUCUGGCGCUGAGCCCUCGGUGCGCACCAAACUGUACUACGGCAUGUCGAGUCGCAACGCCAGGUCUGGUUCCAGAUUGAUUCAGAACCCGCCGCUCGCAGCUUCUACAGCGGCCAAGCAAGAUUCCUCCGAGUCUUGGGGAUCCUCGGUCUUUCGAAAAAUUCGCUCCUUUUGGUCGGGCGGCUCCAACAGCAGCCUCAACGUUAAUCAAAUAGACAAAGAAGAUCUGUUGGACCCGAAACGACCCCUUCCAAUAAUGACUUCUUCGACUCCCGGCAACUUCGAAUGCGAACAUCACGACUAUAAUCCGCACCUCCCGCUCAGAGAGGGCUCAAAUAAUAAUAAUUGGGGCGGCUCUUUGCAACGAAAAUUUCCGAAUCUGUCAAAGAGCCGUCACCAGCAAGACGACUGCAUGUCUCUUGCGUCCAUCGAAGCAAUGGACACAAAAUCGACAAACAGUCCUUACUCGACAAUGAAAAAGUCGACCGACAGUUGUCACCUUGAUCAAUCUUCGAGUGAAUCGAUGUAUUCUGGAGGUCUCUCGCAACACAGACUUUCGUAUGCAGGUUUUUACCCUUCUUCUUCUGACGACUCGAACACAAUGGACCGUCAUUACGGUUCCAUCAGGAGGUCGAUAAGAAAGGAAAAAGCGUCGCAAAAAAUGUCCGUCAAAAGUUCUUCAGCGCUCACGUCAAGUUUAAUGCACUCGUCGGCUCCCUUGCUGAGGCCUCUCUUCUUCGAGAUCCCGCAACUGGAGCCCGAUCCGCCAUUCAUAGGGAGACAUUGGCUUUAUAAGCAGCUUUUAAACGGCGUGAUGACAGAAAAAGGACAAGGAUUUUUAAUUAUCGGCAACCAAGGCACAGGGAAAACGGCAAUUCUGUUACAAUUAGUCGAACAAUCGUGUUUUGGAAGAGGCCAAGUCAUGCAUCCAGACGACCAAUUAAAUAACAUGCGUUGCGACGAGAUGUUCACCCUGGCGCAGAUGGUGGUCGGCUACCACUUUUGCCAGGCGGACAACAGCAUUACCUGCCUCGUGCCGGAGUUUGUCCACUCGUUGGCAGCCCAGCUGUACCAGGCCCCGCAGAUGGAGGCUUACAGGCAACAAUUGAUCAGUGAAAGUCACCUGCAGAGCAUGGUUUCAAUAGAUGAGUGCAUCGCGGACCCCGACCGAGCUCUAACCAGAGGCGUUUUGGAGCCGCUCACGUUCUUGGCACAGCACGACAGGAUUUCGUCCUCCAUGCCUUACAUUAUAUUAAUUGACGCCAUGGGUGAAGCCGAGUAUCAUAGGCCGGAAUAUACGCCAGCUAUCAUUGCGUUCCUAGUGAAGCACAUGAGUAGUUUUCCUCCGUGGCUAAAAAUAAUCGCCACUGUGCAGACGCCUCUGCAGAAAUUAGCGGCACAGCUUCCCUUUCAGAGAAUAAGUCUGGACCGCACGCACGCAAACGAAAACCUCCAACGUGACAUGUUAGAGUACAUCAAGUUCCGCAUACGUUCGAGCCCGAAAAUCCAAAACAACAUUUCUUCGCCGUCCAGCUCGAUGACCAGCUCGUUCACCGGCUCAAUGACGGGCUCGGUGAGCUCUCCGUUCGACCACGUCCACUCAAAGUUCGCGCAGCACCUGAGCACCCUGGCGCAGGGCUCGUUUCUCUUCGCGAAACUGACCCUGGAUCUGAUGGACGCAGGCCACCUGGUGGCGAAGGCAGCCGGCUACAGGGUGCUGCCGACGUCGCUACACCAGCUCUACCUGCUGAGGUGCAACCUGCGCUUCACUUCCGAGAGUUCCUACAGCAAAAUCGAGCCCUUGCUGGCUGUCUGUCUCGCCUCCAUGCACCCUUUGAACCUCAUCGAGAUCUACCAUUCGGCCACUAGUCUGCAAAACGAACCAGACAACUGGGAUACUUUCGCAGAAAAAUUUUCGAUGUUGGAAGGAAUGCUUGUAAAAAGAACGGAUGACACAUACAUGUUCUUCCAUUCGUCAUUUAGAGACUGGCUCUUGAAAGGCAACGGAAGCGAAGAAAAUAAAUAUAUUUGUGAUGUUAAAAAAGGCCACGCCGGAAUUGCCCUCCGCUUCUGCAGGGUGCAGCAACCUUUGAACGCCGAACACACCCUCGAAUUAAGUCAUCAUAUUUUGAAAGCUCACAUCUUCAAAAACGCGCCCAACAUGCCCAAGUGUCUCACCUCCCGAGAUAUGCAAGCACAGUGGCUUCUCAGCGCCUCGGAAGCAGUGACCAGCGCACUUUGUUGCGCAAGAAAUGUGUUCAGCCCUAAUCGUAAGGUUUCACGACUGCUGCUACUUUCUGGUGCGAAUGCAAACGCUCAAACAGAAGCCCUCCGUGGAGUUCCUAUACUUUGUGCGGCGGCCCACUUGGGCUACGCAGAGUUCGUGUCUACGUUGCUCGAGUUUGGCGCCCAACCCCGACUGACCGACGCCAAGGGUGCCACCCCUCUUAUCCUGGCAGCCGCCGCCGGACACCAGACCGUCGUCUCCACCUUGCUGGCUGCUCAAGGAGCCGACACUCUGGUCGGAGUGGCUGAUGACUCAGGUCGCUGCCCUCUAGUGCAUGCCGCCAGCGGAGGUCACCUGGAGAUUGUUCGGAAGCUGCUCGAGUUUCCUUGGGCGCAGCCAAAGGUCGAGAGCACAUUUCAAAUCGGAACUCCCUCGAGCAGGGACGAGCCCGUCAUUAUCGAGAAGACUGGUCUGGACAAGACGCAGGCGAAACACCAGGCGCUGGUGGCGGCGGCAGCAAAGGGUCAAACGGAAGUUGUUUUGUGCCUGUUGGAAGACAGAAAAGUUCCUAUCGACAUCCCCAACUCGCUGACCGGCGAGACCGCGCUGACUGCGGCGGCCUCCGGAGGACACGUGACCACCUGCCAGGCCCUUCUGCAGAAGUCAGCAUCGGUGAUGGUUCCCAACGCUAAAGGUCUGAUGCCUUUGUGCGUGUCGGUUAAGGAAGGUCACUGGCCAACCGCUGAAAUAUUUUUGCAAAAGGGUGUGCCCGUGGACCAAGCGGACUACCACGGCCGGACGGCGCUCAUGUACGCAGCCUCCGAAGGACAUCUGACCAUUGUCCAGCUUCUUGUGCAGAAUUGUGCAAGCAUCCAUCGAGUUGACAAAGAAGGCAUUUCCGCUUUGUGUCAUGCGUGUCACAAGGGAAGAGCUCAAGUUGCAAAGUUCCUAAUCGACAGUGGCGCGGAUGUAAAUCAGUGCGAUAAAAACGGCAGAACACCACUUGACGCUGCAAGUAGCCAAUGUAAUCCAGAAAUUUUAGAGCUUCUUUUGGAAAGCAACGCGGCAGUGGAUAGAAAUGACGUGAACGGCCUGCGACCUCUUGAAAAAGCUAUUCUAAGCAGCAAUGUUCCGAUUGUCCAAUGCUUUUUGAAAAAGAGGCCUAGUCUAAAUUCGGCAACGUGGCAGGCCGCGCAAGGAAAGCCCGAAAUGCUCUUAAUGUUGCUACAGCGGCUACUGGAAGACGGCAAUCUACUUUACAAGAGAGGACGAUAUCAGGAAGCGUCCAGUCGGUACUACUACGCAAUAAAAAAACUGCCUCCAACCUCGGCACAAAACUCUUGUGAGCCGUUUUUACUCAUGCAUCUACAGCUUCUGCUUAACCUCUCGAGAUGCAAUCUUAAACUAAAUAACUGCGAGGAGGCAGUAGAAUUAGCAGAAAUGGCGCUUCGAAUUCGUCCCGACUCUUUUGAGGCCUUUUUUGCGCGGUCGAGGGGUCUGCUAGUCUUGGGCGACUUGAAGGCCGCUCUAGACGACGCGAAUCAAUCCCUGAACCUGGUGCCGCAACAAAACCGAACUGCUCGAAGAGUGAUCGUAAAACUCAGAGAAGAUAUCGAGUUUCAGAUGCAGAACUCACUGGACUGAUCGUCAAAACAGGAACGAAGGAAACGAACUUGGCAGCUUAAAUAUAUACUUAAAAAAUUAACUAUUUAUAGCCGAACUAAAUGUUGCCAAACUGAAUCUAAAUCAUUUUUCGAUUUUUUUAAGUGCCAUAAAAUUGAAAUGAUUGAUUUUUAGCUAUUCCCAUUUUUGUUUGAGGUCUUUAGUUUUUGUCCACUCUUAGCAGAUUUUUGUUUUAAAUAAGUUUAUCCGUCCGAGCAGAUUGUCUUCCAUAAACAAAAAUCUCAAACACUAUUAAAGAGUGAUUUUCAUAGACGCAUUUUCACUCACUUUUUAUAUAACUUUUUGCCACAUUAAUUUAUAAUGUUUGGAAUUUUAUAUAUGUGAUCUAGAGUAAUGCAGUCCACUUUUUCAGUUUUAACAUGAAAAGUGAAAGAUGUUGUGAACUUGACAAUAAAAUUCAGCAAGUGAUGACCGAAAUGUUACUAAAA